GUGUAAGACACAUUGAAUCUAAUUGGCUAAAAAAGUGGAGGAGCAGGGAAAUGAAAAAGUUGAUGUGGUGGUGUGCUUGGAGCACAUAUGAUGAAGAGUUCAAAGAUCAACUCAACAAGCUAGGCAAAUUGGAUGCAGAUGUUGCUAAGGACUUGAUUAGUAAACCACCUCGGGCAUGGUGUAGGACCUACUUUGACACGCAGUGUAAGAACACAAUGGUUGACAACAACUUCACAGAAUCCUUCAAUGCUUGGAUUUUAGAAGCAAGAAGUAUGCCAAUUAUCAAAAUGUUGGAGGAAAUAAGGAUUAAGGUUAUGACUAGGUUGGCUGAAAAUGAAGACAAAAUUAGGCAUUGGAAAACUGAAUACAGUCCACAAUGCAUGAAGUUGUACAAUGAUUAUAGGGCAAUAGCAUAUGGAUGCACUAUGAACUUUAAUGGUGAUUAUGGUUAUGAAGUGUCUGAAGGUGAUGAUAGGCAUACUAUGAACUUAGAGCAUAUUAGAUGCACUUGCAGAUUGUGGGACUUGUCUGGAAUUCCCUGCCCUCAUGCCAUUAAUGCAUUUAUGCAUCAGAAAGUUGUUCCAGAGACACAAAUUCACUGGUUUUACAGUAAAGAAGCCUAUUUGCUGACAUACAAGCAUAAAAUACAACUUGUUAGAGGAAUACAAUUUUGGAAUGUUGAUCCUGCUCAUGCAAUGGAACCACCUGAUAUGAUCAAAACGAUUGGAAGACCCAAGAAAAAAAAAGAUAGAAUAAUAGUUGAAGCAAGAAAAAGAAAAGGUGAAUGAAGUUCA